AUGCCCCAGAGUCUGCAACACCACCUGUGCAAGCGUCACCAUGAAGACCAAGGAGCUCACCAAACAGUUUCUCUCGGGAAGAUGGAUGAAAGGUCCACCACACCACCGGCCCUGGUGAUAAUCUUGCUCUUUGGCGUUAUUGUGCUUCAGUACCUUUGUCCUAGCUCCGAUUGCCAACUGUUGCACCUAGGAUCAUUGGCCUCCAACUCGGGCAGCAAUGCCAUCGGGUCCCAGGGAAACGACAUUGGUCUCAGUGGACAGGACACAUACGUCGCUGAGGACUGUGCCCUAGCCCGUUUUGUUCCCCGCUUCAAUUUCACUUCUGCAGACCUCAGUCGACUCGUAGACUUCAAUAUCCAGGGAGAUGAUGUUAUUGUUUUCCUACACAUUCAUUAGACAGGGGGCACAACAUUUGGUCGACAUUUAGUACGUAAUAUUAAACUCGAGAGGCCUUGUGAGUGUCAUGCUUGCCAAAAGAAAUGCACCUGUUACCGGCCAGGUAAAAGGGAAACGUGGCUUUUCUCUCGGUUCUCCACUGGCUAGAGCUGUGGUCUUCACGCGGACUGGACCGAGCUGACCAACUGUUGCCAACUGUUGCACCUAGGAUCAUUGGCCUCCAACUGUUAUUUUAUGAACACGCGCGAGCCCCCCAAGAAGCCUACAGUUCCCAGCCGGAACUACUACUACAUCACCAUCCUGCGUGACCCGGUGUGGUGCUACCUGAGCGUGCAGCGCGGUGCCACCUGGAAGGCCUCCCUGCACGUGUGUGACGGGCGCGCCCCCACGCUGGCCGAGCUGCCCAGCUACUACCCCGGGGAUGACUGGUCCGGCUGCUCCCUGCAGGAGUUCAUGGACUGCCCCUACAACCUGGCCAACAACCGGCAGGUCCGCAUGCUGGCAGACCUCAGCCUGGUGGGCUGCUACAAUGUCUCGGCCAUGAGCGAGGACGAGCGCUGGGCUGUGUUAUUAGAGAGCGCCAAGUGGAACCUGCGGGGCAUGGCCUUCUUCGGCCUGACAGAGUACCAGAGGGAAACCCAGUACCUGUUUGAGAGGAUCUUCCGCCUGGCGUUCAUCUCCCUCUUCACCCAGCUCAACGGCACGCGGGCAGCCAGCAUAGAGUUCGUGCCUGAGACGCAGCUCCAGGUCCGCCAUCUGAACCAAUGGGAUGAGGAGCUGUACGAGUAUGCCCGUGACCUGUUGCUCCAUCGCUUCCAGGUGGCCCGGGAGCAGGAGAGGAAACAGGCCAGGGAGAGGAGGCAGCAGAAGAGGAGGAGGCUCAGAGGGAAGCUGGGGUCAACCAGGCUGGGGAUGGGGUGGCCGAGUGGCCCAGCGAUAAGCGCCAGUGGACAGAGACCCAGGCUGGGGAGGCAAUCACCACCCACCUACGACCACCCUCCCCAGAAAGGAAGCAUCAGAAGAGGGGAGGUGGAGAGCCUGUUGAGGCUGAGGUGCAGCUGCCAGACUGGUGGGGUCUGGAGGAGAACAGCACCAUUGAGGACUACAUGGAUAAUGUGGAACAGUGGCUGUAGUAGUGAGAGGACCAAGUUGGAGAAAGAGGGAAGGGUUGAGCCUCGUCUAUACAGACAUUAUGGGCGCUUCCUGCAAAUGUGCACUUCUUCACGUCCCUCCAUGGAUUUGAAAGGAAAUAACUGGUAUUAGAAAAAGGUGUUUUUAACCAUGCCUACACCAAUCCAAUGCUAUAUGAGGGUAGUAGUGAACAAAUGCACACUUCGGGAACAAGGAGAUAUGGGAUACACACAUUGUCAAAACUCUCCACUAACAGCGUACAGCUCCCUUUAGCCUGCAUCCGAACCUUUAGUCCAUGGACAGUUUUCCAUUUAGCAAAACGUGCUUAUUUCCCUUCAAUGUCAUUUGUUUUUGUGUACUUCACUAACCCACAUUGUGGUCAUGACAUUUCAUAGAGAAAAUCCAGGGCUCGUCACAAUUGGCACCCUAUUCCCUAAUAUAGUGCACUUUUAACUAGAACCCCGGUCAAAAGCUGUGCACUACAUAGAGAAUAGAGUACCAAUUGGGACAGGGUGACUACCAAUACCAUGCACCUCUCAAUCGCCCAAGCCUUCUGAUGACACCUUUACGGUUCUCGUGCAGAACUGUUGGUUAUAUACCAGGGGGAAAACAAUAUUUUCCCUGAUAGUCAUUUUGAUAUUGAUUUUCUAAGCACAUUUUUGUAAUGGAUUUUGUUUCAAAGAGAAUAAGCUAUUUGUUUUCCCCUUGCUGUUUUUGUAUUCAUAUUAUACCACCAUUUUGUUGUGAAUUAUGUAGGUAAAGCUGUUGAAUGAUUUGUCAGAUGACAAACCACUGAGAAAGACUUGUGACCGAAGAAGAAAAGAAAAAAGUCUCACUAAAUGAGAUUGUAAUAAUGACCUCAAUCAGUAGCACAGUAUACUCACUUAUUUUUGUGCUGUCCUUGUCUCCUCUUUUGUAUAUAAAAGAAAAAAUAUGAA